CCCGCUGCCGCUUAAAGGCUAUGGGAGCCGCCGCGGCUUUUCGGCGCCGCGGCUUUUCGCUCCUGGUCCAGCUCUCCCGGCUUGGGGGUUCCUUGCCCAGGCGCCCGCGCCCCGGGUUCCCCGCCUCGAUGGGAGAGGAGGAGGAGGGCGGUGGCGGGGGUGAUGCCGCGGCCGCGGAGGCAGGCGCAGGGGCCGCGGCCAGCCGGGCGCUUGCAGCAAUGCGGGUAGCUCCCGAAGUUCAUCGGCAGCCUGCGGGGGCUGCGCACCAAGUGCGCUGUGUCCAAGGACCUCACCCAGCAGGAUAUACGGACCCUGGAGGUAAGGGGGUCGGGGACCCGGGCAGGGCUCGAGGAGCGGCCCGGACACCUCCCUCCAGGCCCCAGUUCACUCCUGGCCGAGUUGCAUCCUUGAGCCCGCGUCGCCCCCUUGGAGGCUUCCCCUCCCUCCUGCACUCGCCGAUGCGGCAGCCGGAGGACCCGGGACCAGCCCUCACCUUGGGCAGGAUUUGUGGGGCGGGUGCGUGUUGGGAACUGGGAUGGAGGCUCGAGGGGCUCGUGGGCGGGGUGGGCUGCGCGCGGACAUCCCCUUCCCCACCCCGAAUUUCCAUCUGAUCCAGCCCUCUCAUCUUGUAGGUGAGGAAACGGAAGGCCUGAGGGAGAACUGACUUGCCAGGAACCCCUGUUAAGGAGAAUUAACAAAGAUUGGUUAUUAAAGGAGCACUGAGUUGGGAGUCAGACCUGGAGGCCCACACCCUUGGUUAAGACAUUAUACCACCUUGAGUCUGGCCUGUUGACUGAGGGUGAGCCACCCCAUCCUCGUCUGAUUGUAGGGUCUUGACC